UCCCGGCUGCAGGCGGAGGUGGAGCAGAAGAAGAAGCGAACCUUCCGCAAAUUCACCUACAGAGGCGUGGACCUGGACCAGCUCCUCGACAUGUCCUACGAGCAGCUGAUGCAGCUCUACAGCGCCCGGCAGCGCCGGCGCCUCAACCGCGGCCUCCGCCGCAAGCAGCACUCGCUGCUGAAGCGGCUGCGCAAGGCCAAGAAGGAGGCACCGCCCAUGGAGAAGCCGGAGGUGGUGAAAACCCACCUGCGGGACAUGAUCAUCCUCCCCGAGAUGGUGGGCAGCAUGGUCGGCGUCUACAACGGCAAAACCUUCAACCAGGUGGAGAUCAAGCCUGAGAUGAUCGGCCACUACCUGGGGGAAUUCUCCAUCACCUACAAGCCGGUGAAGCACGGCCGGCCCGGCAUCGGCGCCACCCACUCCUCCAGGUUCAUUCCGCUCAAGUAACGCAGGAGCCUUUUCCACCUGUAAAUAAAGAAAUUUCUGCCACCUG